AUGAAUGGUAGGCUUCUCUCCACCAGGGUCGCACCUUUGCUGCGCCAGCGCACCGUCGCUCGCGCACGUCUUUUACACAAUCAUGCCCAGUCCAUUGCCGGUGGCAUGUUGAGGCCUUCUGGACGAGUCCCGCCUCGACGAUGGCCACCCGGCUACAACACCAUCCACAAUGUCCCCGCCAUUCGAUCCUUUUCCUUUGCGAGGGUUCUUCCUCGACUCGCUCUCAAACUGGCUCGCAUUCCGGCAAUGUUCGGUGCGAGCAUGAUCGCCGGUCUCGCCUACAUCCAGUAUCAGGCAGCCCAGGCGGGCACCUAUGCUAUGGACGUUUUGAAACGAGCAGGGGAUCAGGUCUCAGACACAUCUUCCAGUCUAUAUGGUGGUGCCAUGGGUAUUGCGGACCAGAUAGGCAGUGGCUGGCAGCGUACUAAAGAUGAUGCACAUCUCCCGGAGUGGCUACAACAACUGUUCCAGAAAGAGGAGAGUUCGGGCGGAGGAGGGUCUGGCCCAGAACCACCCCGAAAAGAAAAGGUGGGCAGUGUUGCUGCUGCAUCUGGGGCUGCUCUGGUUCUGGGCGAGACGGAAGAUCAAGACGAGCGACAAGAUGCCAGAAUCGCCCGGGACGAUCAAAUGAUGGUGUUGACGCGGAAGAUGAUCGAAAUCCGGAGCAUUUUGAACACCGUUGGACAAGGAGGUGCCUUGACUUUACCAUCCAUCGUGGUCAUUGGAUCUCAGUCGUCUGGCAAAAGCUCAGUGCUCGAGGCCAUUGUCGGUCAUGAGUUCUUACCCAAAGGUUCAAACAUGGUCACUCGGCGGCCGAUAGAAUUGACUCUGGUCAACACUCCCGAUGCAAAGGCCGAGUAUGGAGAAUUCCCGGCCCUUGGUCUAGGCAAGAUUACCGACUUCUCCCAAAUUCAGAGAACGCUGACCGACCUCAAUCUGGCUGUGCCGGCGGAACAGUGUGUCACUGACGAUCCUAUACAACUCUCAAUCUACUCCCCAAAUGUCCCGGACUUGUCGAUGAUCGACCUUCCGGGUUAUAUUCAGGUUUCUGGCAAAGACCAACCUGUCGAACUCAAACAGAAAAUUGCCGACCUGUGCGACAAAUAUAUCCAACCUCCCAAUGUUAUCCUCGCCAUUUCCGCUGCCGACGUCGAUUUGGCCAACUCCACUGCCCUAAGAGCAAGCCGUCGAGUGGACCCAAGGGGUGAGAGAACCAUUGGAGUCAUUACCAAGAUGGAUUUGGUGGAUGCCAACCGUGGUGUCGAGAUCUUGUCCGAUCGGAAAUACCCACUGCGAUUAGGCUAUGUGGGAGUGGUCUGCAAGAUACCCCAGACGGCGGGUCUGUUCUCUCGGUCGGGUCAAAAUAUAACCAACGCCAUUGUCAAGAACGAAAACGCAUACUUCUCAGCCCACCCAGUACAAUUCGGGGCCCAAUCAGAAUUAGCUGUCGGGACAACGACCCUGAGACACAAAUUGAUGCACGUGCUGGAGCAAACCAUGGCAUCAAGUCUCGCUGGCACACGAGAAGCAAUUGUCCAAGAAUUGGAAGAAGCAACAUAUGAAUUCAAAGUACAAUAUAAUGACCGACCCCUGAGCGCGGAAUCCUACUUGGCCGAGAGUCUUGAUAGCUUCAAGCAUUCAUUCAAAGAGUUCAGUGAACAUUUCGGUAGACCUCAAGUUCGAGCGUUGUUGAAAGAAGUACUGGACCAAAAAGUUAUGGAUCUAUUGGCCAAGCGAUAUUGGAACAAGCCACUGGAGGAGAUGUCGGAACUACCUUACGAGGCCGAUCCCUUGUCAGAUCUACCCAAGUCAGACCCGAAUUCGCUUUACUGGCAGCGUAAAUUGGAUGCAUCGACUGGGGAGCUGACGAAAUUGGGGAUUGGCCGACUUGCGACUACCGUGGUGGCCUCUGAGCUGCAAAGUCAGGUUGACAAGUUGAUUGCCACGUCUACUUUUGCCUCUCAUCCAUACGCACAACGGGCGAUUGUGGAUGCCUCUUCGAGUAUCUUGAAUGAUCGCUUCUACAGCACAAGCGACCAAGUGGAGAACUGCAUCAAGCCUUUCAAGUUUGAAAUUGAGGUGGAAAACAACGAGUGGGCAAAAGGUCGUGAGAACGUCGCGACCGUCUUGAAAGGUGAGCUCAAAGCUUGUGAAGCUGCGCAAAAACAACUCGAAGCCUCGGUCGGCUCGCGAAAACUACGAGACGUCACGGGCUUCAUCGAUCGGGUCCGCAAAGGAGAUGUGAUACUUGAGGGUAAUGGGAGAGGAGGUGCAGGGGGCUUCUCGUCGGCACUGCUAGAAACAGGCCGAGAAGCGGUUUUCCUCCGAGAUCGCGCCGAGAUGAUCAAGAUGCGACUGCUAGCGGUCAAGUCGAAGCAGUGCGCCAAUGUCAAGAACAAAUACUACUGCCCCGAAGUAUUCCUCGAUGUGGUGGCAGACAAGCUCACAUCCACGGCUGUGCUCUUCCUAAACGUCGAGCUUCUCUCAGAGUUCUACUACAAUUUCCCUCGCGAGCUGGAUAUCCGGCUCGGUCGCCAGCUGGAUGCGGCCGAGAUUGAACGCUUCGCCCGUGAAGAUCCAAAGGUUCGUCGCCAUUUGGAUGUGAUCAAGCGCAAGGAGAUGUUGGAGUUGGUCUUGUCCAAGAUUGAGAGUCUGCGUCAGUUGGAAGGAAGAACUAAGUCUCAGCAGGCGGCGGGCGCGGGUGUGGGCGUCUCCUCUCCGGGCAAGGACAAAGGUGGUCGAUGGAGCUUGUUUUGA